AUGACGUCCAAAUUGAUAAAUUACAGAAGUUCUCUUUCUCAUACAAGAGAGUCAACUCUCGGAGUUGAUCUACUUGGUUAUGUCACGGGCUCCAUUACUGCUCCGGCUAAGUACUCUGAUGUUGCGCGCACCACGCUAAAUCCUGCCUACACUGCCUGGUUCAGACAAGAUCAGAUCAUUCUUAGUGCCAUCCUUGGUAGCCUUUCUGAGGUUUUGCAGACGGUCAUUUCGUCCGCUGCCUCCGCCUGGGAUGCAUGGACUCAGAAAUGGUGGGCUAUUGUCAUCCCCUUUCAUAUCAGAUAUGAUAUUCUCCUCUCCCACACACGCUCUUCAACUUCAGAUCUAUAUUCUCCAUCGCACACCCACCGUUCACUACUUCACGUCGCACCCCGGCCACCGCGAUGUCGCGCACCGGCCACCACCGUCGACGCACAUCCACCGCGACGACGUCGCACACCAUCAACUAUCGUCGCACACACAGUAGACCACCGUUGCACACCCACCACCGCGACGCCGACGCCACAGCCGCCACCACGCCGUCGAUCUGCACCCUUCCCUUGCCCUGCGACGACGCCACAUCCGCCGGCUCCGAUCAGGUUCUUAUAUCCAGUUUAUCCACUUAUUUGUGUUGCUGCUUCAGCUGUGAUUGAGAGCUUUCCUGACAUAUUCCAUGAUAAGUAUAAUCCUAAUGACCCAAAUGUGCUCGUUAUGAUAUCAAAAUUUAUCAGACCUGUGGCUCUUGUCUUUAUUUUAUGUGCCUCGCACGCUAGGACAUUCUCUCUGAUUAAUGGUUAUUCUGCUCCAUUAGAGAUUUACAAACAUUUGAGUUAUCAUGAUGAUGUUGGAACAGCGCUACCCUAUGUGUUGGGAGUGAGUGGCAUCGUUUCCCAUCAUCCUUCUUGGUUCCUAGUUAUGUGGAUAAUGUUCGAUUCAGGGGUCUCCUGCCAUUCCCGUUUAAUUCUAGUUUGGGUGGGACUUCAGCAGCACCAUCUUAUUUCAACAAUAAGGAGAAGGCAUCAGACAAGCAAUAUUUACAUGGUUCUCGUGCUAUUGCAUUCAUGACAAUCGGAACUGGCCUUUCUUUAUGGGCAAUAACAUGACAGCUCGCCAAUCUAGAAGAGUGUACUUUCCUCAUAGAGCUACAGUUAAAACGACCUUUUAUGACUCGAGGAAGUGAUCAUUCAAAAUGGGAG